UUUUUGCUGUGAGGCAGUCCCAAAUCAAAACGAAACCACCGUACCAGGAAAAUUGUGUUAGAACCACCACAGCUCGGUCCAUAUUGACUUUCUGAGAUCACUUCAGUGCUGAAGAAUAGACUAGGAAUAGGUCAAUCAGCCUGAUCACAAUGAUGUAAAAAUCCUCUGGAUUUAGCAUGGGAACAUGGCUUCAGCGACUCUCCUGUUCUUUGUGUUGAUGUUGUCAUCUGUACAUUUUGGAAAGUCUGCUGAGAGUCUGUUUAAACUGAAAUGCCAGCCUGCAGUAGGAGUCAUCGGUCAGACCACUCACAUCUCCUGCAGUAUCGAGUUCCUCACUGAUUCUAAGCUUAUCAGCAUUAACACAGUGGUUUUAACUAGGAGUGGAGAGAAUAAACCCUGUUUCACUUUUCAACCAUAUGUGAACAAAGUGACAGGAGACUCUCGAUUUAAAGUUGAAAACGGGCCAUCGUUACAGCUUCAUAACACCGCGAUCUCAGAUGAAGGUGGAUAUUGGUAUUUCAUCAGGACCAACCUGGGUAAUGAGGAAGUAAAAUUCACCAUCAAUGUCACAGCCCAGUACCGCAAACCGAUUAUGAACUCCAUGCCAGAAGAUGUAGUGAAUGGUGAACAUGCUGAUCUGUACUGUAACACUAGUGGUGGAUAUCCAGCAGGAACCAUCCACUGGUUUGAUCAAAGCAACACAAACUGGACAAAAAGCGCCACACUGCAAAGCACUCAGGGAAAUGACAGUCUCUUCACUCUGUCCAGCAAACUGAGCUUCCAGACGUUCGACACACUCUGGGCACCUUUCAGGUGCAUCGUCCUCAACAACAAAUAUGAAGACAGAGGAGGGAGCAUGUCAACUCUGGAGAUAAAGGAUAACCCAGUGAAUUCCCCAGCUGGCGACAGCACGGUGAGAAACGGCAUUGCUGGUGUGAUAGUUAUCGGGUCUCUCGUUGUCGGGCUUCUGGUUGCUCUCCUGUUCAAGCGAAGAUGCGCUCAGCCGCUAAGAUCUUUCCACAUUUCAGAACCCACAUAUGCAGAAGAGGGAGAAGCCCUGAAUGAACCUGUUUAUAAGAAAGCAGCUGAUGCUGAAGAGAAGAUCGCAGUGUAAUGUCUGAUUAUUAAUUACCCUGUAAAUAUUUAAUCACAUGAUGGUAAUUUAACAGACACAGCCAUCAGGACAUUCUACAAAAUGGAUUCUUUCUCCAUUACUGACUCAAUGAAUGAGUUUGUGUUCAGUCCCAUGUGAUUUUAAAUGAGUUAAGAUAAAAGGCCAGGCAUUUAGGGGAAAGUUCCUGAUUGUGUUAAGUCCCAGGCUGGUGGGACAUUUAAAAAAAGAAAUCAGCCAGUCUGACAAAAGAGAAAAGUGAAAGAUAAUUGUAUAUUUAAUGCAGUUAUAUGUGUAUAAUUUGUCUUUCACUCUAUUUUUAUUUUCACAAAAUUAUCUGUCAUAAUUAUCUAGCGUGUCUGAGUGUGCUGAAUUCACCAAUAACAAAUCUUUUUAUAUAACAAUAACAAUCUAGUUUCCGGGAUCUGUCAGCUAGUUAAUUCUACUCACAUUUUUUAUUAUUCUCUUGGGUAAAUAAUAAGCCAGGAUGUUAAGAGCUAGUAUCCGUGUCUCACAGCUCCAAAGGUGGAGGUUCAGUCCUGAUCCUGAGUGGAUCAGGACAUUGUACAAAAUGGAUUCUUUCUCCAUUACUGACUCAACGAACGAGUUUGUGUUCAGUGCCAUGUGACCCUGAGUGUGAUUUUAAAUGUGUAACUAAAGGGCCAGGCUGUGGGGACUGUGGAAAGUCCUUAAAUGUCAUGAUAAGUCAGGAUGUUAAGAGCAUGUAUCUGUGUCUCACAGUCUGAAGUUCCAUCCUGAUCCUGAGCGCUGAUGUUCUGCCACACAAGUGCUGAUUUUUAUUUAGGAAUUUUUGAUUAUUGACUUUCCCGACAUGCAUUUUACAUCUCUGAAGUUGACAAGGGUUUAUUUUUAGUGCAGGAAUUUUUAAAAUUAUAUUUAAAAACACAAUAACUCACUAAUAAUAAGUAAUAAACUUGUUUUACAGAAGCUUUACAACAUUAUUUGUAAUGAUAAAAAGAUGGAAAACAUAUAAAGACGUUCUUUAACAAAUACAAAAUUAUAAUCAUCGAACUGCUGUGUUAUAAGAGGAAGAAAAGACAUAAUCAUUGAUUAAAUUCCUUUAAUAGCACUUCCCACAUUGUUUUAUUAAGAUUUAGGGUGAGGUAGACUUCCAUUACUUGUUCUCUACAUUAGCUGUACAAUGCUAAAACAACGAACUUCAGAAAACAAAUGUCUUUGGGUCUUUAGAUGAACCGAUUUAUUUUUUCACUUAAGUGUCCUUUAAAAUUGUCUGUCCCCGACUCUCAGGAUCAGUGAUGUGCCUUUACUUUUAUAGGUUUAUCACACACUAAUCCCUAAUCUCAAACACCAAAAUGUUCCACAGGCGAAAGCCAAAGUUUAAUACCUAACCCCAAAACUCAGUGCAGAGACAAAGGCAUCGAGAUCAUACAGAACCGAGUAGAACCGUGAAUCUGAAUACUACAAAAUAACGAGAGCUGUAAUGGGUGAAUAAAGUGCUUCAGGUGUGUCAGUAAUGUAGUUAGGCCAGUGGUUUUCAAAGUGGGGGCCGCCAGGGGGCGCCCGGGGGGCCUCAACAAUUUGGUGUGAAAAAUAAAUUCUCACUCUCAGACAACCACACACACACAAUCACAAUCAAUUCCUUAUGUAAUAUAAAGAUGUAAUUAUUAAUAAACAAAGGGAUAUAUAUUCAGAAGUCUGUAUUUUUAAUGUGUUUUAAAGAUAUCUUGCAAAAGGGGGGCCUCGGUUAAAUGUUAAUACCAUUUGGGGGGCCUUGCCCUGGAAAAGUUUGGGAACCACUGAGUUAGGCUACCUGAACUAGAACUCCAGAGAAUGAGACCCUUUCUGGACAAGAAGGAUAUUACAGUCAGCUGGUGUAACAUUCUGAAGUUAGGAAGCCUACACCUUAAAAAGUAAUUCAGGGGACUAUUACCACACUGUAAACAUUGAUAAGUUGAUUGUACUUAAAAAUUUGAGGAAAGUGGUUGCCUUAAAAAAUUAAGUAAUGUUUACUCGAUAACAUAAGUGAACUUAACUUAAACAUUCCAGCCCUUCCAACAAUUAUUUUUAAGUUCAAUGCACUAAAUUCCAAGUUGAUUUAACUCAAAAUCAUUUGUAAUAUCGACUGAUCUGUCCAAUUACUCAACUUGGUUUCUUAAAUUAAAUUAAGUAAACUUUAAAUUAAUUAAAUUAUAUAAAAAAGCAAGCAAGUACCAAAAGUAAUUUUUCUUUCUAUUUCAACUGAAAUAUUUUAAUUUGAAAAUACUAUACACACAGUCAAGAAAAUUCUGUGAAAUUAUUUGCCAAAUUCUACUUCCUAAAGAUGUGGACUUCUGAACUAUCAGUGUGAGGAAACUUGUCUGUAAAGAUGUUAUUCUAAAAGUGCAACAUUACAAAGUUUCUCUUUUUGGCAUUGUAGCUGAAAAAAAUUAUUAUACACACACACACACACACACACACACACACACACACACACACUGAGGAAAAUAAGUAUUAGACGCAUCAACAUUUGUUUCAGUAAAUAUAUUUCCAAUGAGGCUAUUCAAAUGAAAUGUUCACUAGACAUCAGCAUUGUACCACUGUAUAUAUAAAUAAAAUUAAUUUCUAAUUUCUAUAAAAUAGGCACAUUGCAAAUAAGAAUUGAAUCAAACCACAAAAUCAGUGCCAAUAUCAUAAAAGAUGCACUUCAACAGUACAAAUGAACCACUUGCUAAUGGAACAGUUGUAUAACAAUUGGGAGGCCCGUUUUACUGUUAGCUGAUUUUUCAAAGAUUGAAUUUUGGUUGCCAGCUUACCUUCCAGGUUGAGCAUUACCUGCUAAAUAAAGUGGAAACUGUUUUUCAUACACUUAGCAUAGUUCAAGUACAGGGCAUAAAUCAGUCCGAAAAGAACACAGAAGGUCUGAGACAGGUCAGCCAGUUCAUCUAUCACCAAACUCCCUUCCAAGACGAUGCUCAUUUUGAAUGGGUUUAGCUGAGG